AUGACCUCACACAAUCCCGCUGCUGCCGGCAACCACCACAACGACGGCGUCCACGAUGACAUGCUGACCGAAAACGGCACCGCCGUCGCCACCAACUACUACAGCACAACCACCACAACCGGCAGCUACAACAACGACCUCGACGACAUCUGGGCCACACCCACCUACCUCCCCCAACACCCCCCUCACCCUCACCACCACCACCACCAGCAAGACCCCCAAGCCCCCUUCCACCACCACCAACAGAAUUACCCCUCAGAACCCACAGUAAGCGACAUCCCCCGCCUCUCCGCCGCGCACAGCACCGCCGGCUACCGCGACGGCAUCACGCUGGCCAAGGCCCGCACGGCGCAGGGCGGCUUCGACGAGGGCUACGGCCUGGGCGCGACGGUCGGGGCGCGCGCGGGCCAGCUCUUGGGGGUUCUGGAGGGGUUGGCUGCCGCGGUGGGGCUGCAGGCGCUUUCGCAGCGGGGGCAAUCGCAAUUGCAGGGGCCGGGGCCGGGGCCGGGGCAAGGGCAGAGCGGAGAGGGGGGGGAGCGAAGUGAUGGGUAUGGGGGCCGUUGGAGUGCGGUGGAUGUGCAGGCGAAGCGGAUUGAGGGGUUGUUGGACGAGGCGAGGCGGGAGUUGAGUGUUACGGGGGUGUUUGAUGGGGAGUAUUGGGCGCAGGAUGGGAAUUGGCGGUAUGAGGUGGCGGGGAGCCAGGGGGCGGGGAUGGGGGGGGAGGUGGUCUUUGCGGAUGUGGCGGAGGCGCAUCCAUUGCUGAGGAAGUGGGGUGGGAUUGUGAGGGCCGAGGCCGCGAGGUAUGGGGUGGAUUGGGAGGUGUUCAAGGACGAGGUGGGGGAUGUGAGGAGGGAGGGGGCGGACGAGGAGGAGCGGGAACGGGAGGGGCGGGUGAGGAGGGAACGGGGAGCGCAGCCGGCUACGAGAGGGAGGGAGGCGCUUGCGUGGUGA